AUGGCUUCCAAGAAAAUUAAAGUUGACGAAGUGCCAAAAUUAAGUGUUAAGGAGAAGGAGAUUGAAGAGAAAUCUUCUUCUUCUUCUUCCUCCUCCUCCUCCUCCUCCUCCUCCUCUUCUUCUUCAUCUUCCUCGUCCAGUUCUAGCGGCGAAUCUUCAAGCAGCAGCAGCAGCAGCAGCAGCAGCAGCAGCAGUGACAGCAGUGACAGCAGUGACUCUGAAUCUAGCUCAUCAUCAUCUUCUUCUUCUAGCUCAAGCUCAAGUUCCAGUGACUCUGAAUCUUCUAGUGAAUCCGACUCUAGCUCCAGUGGAUCUUCUUCUUCCUCUAGCUCUAGUUCUGACGAAUCUUCUUCGGAAUCCGAAUCAGAAGAUGAAACCAAGAAAAGAGCAAGAGAAUCAGACAACGAAGAUGCUAAGGAGACUAAAAAGGCUAAAACUGAACCAGAAAGCUCUUCCUCAUCGGAGUCAAGCUCUAGCGGGUCAUCGUCAUCUUCAGAAUCAGAAUCAGGUUCGGAAUCUGAUUCUGACUCAAGUUCUAGCUCAAGUAGUUCUUCUGAUUCCGAAUCAGAUUCUGAAUCAGAUUCUCAAUCAAGUUCUAGCUCCAGCUCUAGCGACUCUUCGUCUGACUCCGACUCCAGCUCCAGCGACUCUUCAUCUGACUCCGACUCUAGCUCCAGCUCUAGCAGCUCUUCCUCGGAUUCAGAUUCGGAUUCCGACUCAAGCUCGGACUCAGACUCUUCAGGCUCGUCCGAUUCUUCAAGCUCGUCUGAUUCAAGUUCCGACGAAUCUACAUCUUCUGAUUCCUCCGAUUCGGAUUCCGACUCAGACUCUGGUUCUAGCUCUGAAUUGGAAACAAAAGAAGCAACUGCAGACGAAUCCAAGGCCGAAGAAACGCCUGCCUCAUCUAACGAAUCAACUCCAUCUGCUUCCAGUUCAUCAAGCGCCAAUAAAUUGAACAUUCCUGCUGGAACCGACGAGAUCAAAGAGGGCCAAAGAAAGCAUUUUUCCAGAGUAGAUAGAUCGAAGAUUAAUUUCGAAGCUUGGGAGUUGACAGACAACACCUACAAAGGCGCGGCUGGAACAUGGGGUGAAAAGGCAAAUGAAAAAUUAGGUAGAGUAAGAGGUAAAGAUUUCACGAAGAACAAAAAUAAAAUGAAGAGAGGUUCUUACAGAGGUGGAUCCAUUACAUUAGAAAGUGGUUCAUACAAAUUCCAAGAUUAA